AUGGAGAAGGCACCACAAUGGAUUGUAUGCUUCGUCUUGAUCGAACUUUUACUUAAUAUCUGUGAUGCAAUGCUAGACGAUGCUGCUCACCGAGAUUUCAUAAGCAUUGACUGUGGAGCAAGUUCUCAAUACACGGAUCCAAAAAUUGGAAUCUCGUAUCACACAGACAUCGGUUUCAUAGAAACAGGAACAAACUCAAUAGUGGCUCCUGAAACAAGAACUGACUUUGGUGAUUCUUUUUUGGGAAGACAACUGCCGACGUUGAGAUUUUUUCCAGAAGGAAAAAAGAACUGCUACACCCUGAAACCAAAACUAGGCAAAAAUAACAAUUACCUCAUCAGAGCUUUCUUUUUAUAUGGAAAUUAUGACUUCAAAAAUCAAACUUCGACUUUUGACUUGUUCCUUAAUGUUGAUUUUUGGACUACUGUGGCCUUGGAUUAUGCCGAUUAUCAAUUUGCAGAGGUUAUCCUUACUCCCCCAAUCGACACCAUACAAGUUUGCCUAGUCAACAUUGGCAAAGGAAUCCCUUUCAUUUCUGUGUUGGAACUACAAGCUCUUCCCAAUUCCGUUUAUCUAGCCCCUUCUCCUUCUCAGUCACUGCUCGUCCUUGCUACGAGAGUCGAUGUUGGUUCCACUGAGUUUAUUUCAGGCCGGUUUACAAGGUAUACGGAUGACACGUAUGAUCGUGUGUGGCGUGUGGACGAUGUUUUUGAAGAUAAAGGUUGGAAAAAGUUCAGUACGUCGAAAUAUAUUGAUUUUGAAAGAACAAACGAUUCUUACAAAUUACCAGCAGAAGUGCUCAAGUCUGCGACUGCAUCAUUGAAUCGCUCCUUUGCUUUAAGCCUUGACUAUAACUCUAUCUGGACGACACCAACUGAAAGGUCCUUCAUAUAUUAUGUCUACUUUCACUUUGUUGAAAUUGAGGAGCUUCCCGCUGGACAAAAGAGAAUCAAGAUCGUCUUCGUUUCAGCAUAA